AUGUCGUGGAGGAGGAGGAGAGGUGGCGGAGGAGGAGGUAGUGGUGGUGGUGGAGGAGGAAAAGGAGGAGGAGGAUGUCGUGGAGGAGGAGAGAUGGCGGAGGAGGAGGUAGUUGUGGUGUUGGAGGAGGAAAAGGAGGAGGAGGAUGUCGUGGGGGAGGAGGAGAGGUGGCGGAGGAGGAGUUUGAAUGACGGCAAUGACAACUGUAUGCGAGUACGAGGAGAUUUUGAUGAAGAGAAAUGGGACGACUGGGCACAUACACCUCUACCUGGAGAAAUAUUUUCUACUAACGAUCAAUGCAAGGAUAAAUGGGGCAAUGACUCUGUACAGUGUGACCCGACAGGGCAAGGAAAUAUUUGUCUUAAACAGAAGUGUGUACCAACACCGGAUGUUCCGCUUGGCGGCACGUGCGACUGUCAUUCUCAGUGUGCCGGGAACAAUACAGUAUGUGACCCAUGCACGUGUACAUGCGUUUGUGCGGAAGGAUUCUUUAAUGAUUCCGGAAACUGUACCGAAAAAAGUUGCCUCGGUGGCCCCUGUAACAGUACUGAUCAAUGUAAGGAUGACAAUGUAGAAUGUGACACUGACCGAAAUAUAUGUGUAUGUGAGACGGGAUAUUACGUAAACGACGCUGGGCAAUGCGUAGAAGUGAAUGGAACGCUCUGUGACCCGUGUAUUCAAGACCCUGACUCGUGCACUCAGGCAGAUACAGAAUGUUCUGAUAACGGUGUAUGUGAAUGUGCUAAUGACACGGUCGCCGUGGAUGGAGAAUGUUACGGGACAAGAAUAGGUGAACGUUGUACGACUAUUGUCAACACUUGCAUAGAUAACAACGCUGUCUGUAACGGUACAAUUUGUGACUGUAAACCAGACUUUGUGUGGAACGGCACAAGAUGUGUUGGACCAGACCCCUGUGACCCCUGUGACCCUAAUACACCUUCAUGUAGUUCCGGUCUUGUAUGCAGCACGAACACAUACAGAUGUGAAUGUCCCGAGGAUCGGGUCCAAGUUGGAGACAACUGCUAUGGGACACGCGUUACCGAGCCGUGUACAACGUCCCCUAACACCUGCAUUGACGAUUACGCCACAUGCAAUGGUACAAUUUGUGACUGCAUACCACCAUUUGUAUGGAAUGGUUCCAUUUGCGUUGGAGAAGAUCCUUGCGAUCCAUGUGAUCCGUCGAGCGAUACGUGCAGCGGUUCUUUUGUGUGUAGUUCUAGCACUUACAGGUGUGAGUGUCCACUUGAUCAAGUACGAAUAGGAGAUGACUGCUAUGGGACACUUGUCACGGAGCCUUGUACAAGUGCACUGGACACAUGUGUUGACAAGUAUGCCGCUUGCAAUGGAACUAUCUGUGACUGCAUACCUGGUUUCGUCUGGAACGGAUCCAAAUGCCUUGGACCAGACAUAUGUGAUCCAUGUGAUCUUGCAAUAUCUUCAUGUGACCCCAGCCUUGUAUGCAACCCGGAUACCUACAGAUGUGAAUGUCCAACUGAUCAAGUACAGAUCAUGGACACGUGUUGUAAGCGUUAUGCUAUGACAAGUACAAUGUCUGGUAUCAUGUUGACUGCAAGAACAUUGAUGACUCUAUGUAUGACAAAUUCAGAAAUACCAGCUGGGGUAGGGUUUGGAAAUGCAUUUUCUGUGAAAGCAUUAAUAUCACCAUGA